AGAAAACUAAAUUUGUAGCAGCAUUAGCAUCUACUCGGUGACCCGUUGCAUUGACAGCUCGAGUGAACUCACUGGGACAUCGGACAGACCAAUCAGAGCCCGACCUGUAUCGCUUUGGAGGAGCUUUGACAACCAGUCGUCCCACAUUCAGGAGUCGGCGAGUUUUGGGAGGCAACGUGUACAGGAACUGGUGUCUUGACAGCUCGCCUGACAAAACCAGUUCGAGUAGGAAGUCAAGCUAACGUUAGCCAGCUGCAAACCAUGGCCGUUUGGAGGAAACUGUGGUGCAGAAACCUCCUGUCGGUGUCCCUGCUCGUCUUCGUCCUGCUCCACGCCAUGGAUGUGCACGCACGGCCAGCCAACAUGUCCGCCGCUAAAGACAAGUCUCCAGCCACCAAGGACGAGAACGAGAUCCUCCCCGCGGACCACCUGAACGGGGUGAAGAUGGAGUUGGAUGGCCACCUCAAUAAGGACUUCCACCAGGAGGUUUUUCUGGGUAAAGAGAUUGAGGAGUUUGAGGAGGACUCUGAGCCAAGGAGGAACAGGAAGAAGCUGAUUGACAUUUUCACCAAAGUGGAUUUCAACAAGGACAAGAGUGUUAGCGCCAAGGAGAUGCAGCGCUGGAUUAUGGAGAAGACCGACGAGCACUUCCAGGAGGCCAUGGUCGAGAACAAGAACAGCUUCCGUGCCGUUGACCCAGAUGGCGACGGUCAUGUGACAUGGGAUGAAUACAGAGUCAAAUUUUUGGCCAGCAAAGGUUUCAAUGAAAAGGAAACGGCUGAGAAGAUAAAGAAUAACGAAGAUCUGAAACUUGACGAGGAAACUCAGGAGGUUCUGGAAAGCCUGAAGGACCGCUGGUUCCAGGCUGACAACCCUCCAGGUGACCAGUUGCUGAAUGAACAGGAGUUCCUUUCCUUCCUUCAUCCCGAGCACAGCAGGGGGAUGCUCAGAUACAUGGUCAGGGAGAUUGUGCGCGACUUAGACCAGGAUGGCGAUAAGAAGUUGACGCUGUCAGAGUUCAUCUCUCUGCCUGUGGGCACCGUGGAGAACCAGCAGGCCCAGGACAUCGACGAUGACUGGGUCCGAGAGAGGAAGAAGGAGUUUGAAGACGUCAUUGACUCGAACCACGAUGCCAUUGUGACCAUGGAGGAGCUGGAGGAGUACAUGGACCCGAUGAACGAGCACAACGCUUUGAACGAGGCCAAGCAGAUGAUCGCCGUCGCCGAUGAAAACCAGAAUCAUAAUUUGGAGCUGGACGAGAUCCUCAAGUACAGCGAAUACUUCACGGGCAGCAAGCUCAUGGAUUACGCCAGAAAUGUUCACGAGGAGUUCUGAGGACACACUUUCCCUCUCGGUCCUCUCAGAAAGCCAGGGUGACGUCUGCUUCAGAGACCAGGUCGCUGGGAGCAGCGGGGAGGGGGGGUGGGGGUGCUCAGGCAAACCAAUGAUGGGAGGUUUUAGUGUGCAAUUUUCUGAUUUUAACCGCUGACUCCAAUAAUAGAUCCUUCCUUCAGCCCUGGACUUUAUGCCAGCUAUCAAACUUAACAUGGUCGGCCUUUUAUUUUAGACGUCGGGCUGUUCUGAAAAAUGAAUUAUUCUCAUAUUGUGUACAAGUGUAUAUGAGGACUUUAAACCCUGACUAGAUAUUGUCGUUCCCGUCGCAGUGGGGAGAGCGACUGGAUCCGUCUUUCUAGCCGGCGUUUCUGUCUACAGCGUAAAUACUCACACACACCAAUGCCUCUGGCAAGGGAGAAAAGAAAUGUAUAUAAUGCUGCUAAAAGGAAAAACCCUUAUGUUAUAUUAUGGUGACGCACACUCAAAUUUGCCCAAAUUCAAAAAGGGGUUUUGUCAUCAUGGGGGAGGGAGGGGGGGGGGGGUCCAUUAGUUUCCUGUAUAGAUUGUAUCCGUCCUACUUACUUACAACACGGUGAGAAAAAAGAAUAAGAAUAACUCGCUGAUUCCUCUCGGUCAUCAUUAACGAUUUAAUGGCAAUGAACUGAGUGGGAACAAUGUACCUUUCUUCCUUGCAGAUAUUUUGACUUGCUGAAGGAAAAGCCCGUGCUUUCACAUGACCCGUGUCAGGUCAAAAUGUAUGGAAAGGCCUUUUGUUUUGAUCUCGGCUAAAGGCGAUCCAAUUGUGGAUCAAUGAUGCGGCUGCAGAUGAAGUUAUUUAUUUUACUUGUAUAAUUUGGAUGAGCCUCAUCUUUGAACUUUUUUUUUGCUUAAUUGCUGUAAGAGGGUGGUCCUUGUGUGAAAGCUUACUCUUCAUAACGUUUACUUGUAAGCUGCAACACUUUUGGUUCAUCUUUACAUUUUCACUUGUUUGCAAAUGCAUGGUCAAACAAUGUCAUUACAAUUCCCUAAUUUGUGAACUGUUUGGAUACGGUGUUGGAUUGACAUAGCUUUAUAAAAUAUAUUGCAAAUGUACUGAUAAUAAAUAUUUCUUAUGAAUUAAAUAGCACCUGGGUUUCUUCAAUUUGGUAUUUUUCAGGGAUGCAAAUAAGAAUUACCUCCAUUACAGAUCAAUCACACUGUUAACAAAAUGGGAAAAGCUUGUAAAAAAUUUCAGUUUUUACCAUUAAAUACUU